GUGAAUUGCAGCUAGGUGCCACAUGUUGAGAGAGAAAUGUUUCACUCCCCCAGAGUGUGUUGUCGUCACUGGUCAGCUCCUAGCAGCAGCAGCAGCCUCCUGAGGUGGGAUCUGCACCGCAGGACUCAACAGUUCAACUCUGGACGAGCGGAGAGGAGGCACAGGCUCCUUCCGAAGAUGUGAAGACAAACACCGCGUUACAGCGCCGCGACUCCCAGCUAGCUCGGUUAUACGUUUUUUUUUCUCGGAGAAAUAAUUUCUAGUGAAUGCAGUUUGCAGCAGUGCAACACUUUUUUUUAAAUUAUUAUUAUUUUUAAAUCUUUUGCAUUUGUGAGCUCUCGCUAUGGCAGUUCAGUCCACAUCCGGGCCACAAUGCCUUGACUCCAUUAUUGUCUAAAACUGGCGGAGAGGUUGAUAAACCUUGUCAUUUUUUUUUACAGUUAACGUCACAUUUUUAUUAUUACGUGCAGUAAAGGCUGGAACCAAGAGGAGAUGUCUAACCAAGGAGUUCGGCGGAAUGGCCCUGUGAAGCUGCGAUUAACAGUCCUUUGUGCCAAAAACCUGGUGAAGAAGGACUUCUUCCGCCUCCCUGAUCCCUUCGCUAAGGUAGUUGUGGACGGUUCAGGGCAAUGCCACUCUACAGACACUGUGAGGAAUACACUUGACCCCAAGUGGAAUCAACACUAUGACCUAUACAUUGGAAAAUCAGAUUCCAUCACUAUUAGUGUGUGGAAUCACAAGAAGAUUCACAAGAAGCAAGGGGCUGGUUUCCUGGGCUGUGUCCGCCUUUUGUCCAACGCUAUCAACCGCCUUAAAGACACCGGCUACCAGAGACUAGACUUGAACAAGCUGAGUCCCAAUGACAGUGACACAGUCAGAGGCCAGAUAGUGGUGAGCCUGCAGUCUAGGGACCGGAUAGGCACAGGAGGCCCUGUGGUGGACUGCAGUCGGCUGUUUGACAAUGAUCUUCCAGAUGGCUGGGAGGAGAGGAGGACCGCGUCUGGACGAAUCCAGUACUUGAACCACAUCACACGCACCACACAGUGGGAGAGGCCUACCAGACCUGCAUCAGAGUACUCCAGCCCCGGCCGGCCUCUCAGCUGCAUUGUGGAUGAGAACACGCCUAUCAGCACGAACGGGGCCACGCCCACCACAGCAUUGCCGCCAAGUGACGGUGACCAGCGUGCCCAAGAGAGACGCGUCCGCUCCCAGAGACACCGCAACUACAUGAGCAGAACCCACCUGCACACACCCCCAGACCUCCCUGAGGGAUAUGAGCAGAGGACCACGCAGCAAGGCCAAGUGUACUUCCUCCACACUCAGACAGGUGUCAGCACGUGGCAUGACCCCAGAGUACCCAGAGAUCUGAGUAAUGUGAACUGUGAGGAACUGGGUCCCCUCCCUCCUGGAUGGGAGAUACGGAACACCGCAACCGGGAGGGUUUACUUUGUCGACCACAACAAUCGAACCACGCAGUUCACAGACCCACGCCUCUCCGCCAAUCUGCAUCUAGUCCUAAAUCCAAGCCCCAAUGGUUCUCGAGGAGGCAUUGAAAGUCAGAAUGUCAGUCGUCAGAACCAGUUGAAGGAUCAGGCCCAGCAGGCUCUGGUGUCCCCUGGUCAGCUCCCAGAGGAGGCAGAGUGCCUCACUGUGCCCAAGUACAAGAGAGACCUUGUUCAGAAGCUCAAGAUCCUCCGCCAGGAACUGUCCCAGCAGCAGCCUCAGGCUGGCCACUGCCGCAUAGAGGUGUCCCGUGAGGAGAUCUUUGAGGAAUCGUAUCGACAGGUGAUGAAGAUGAGGCCGAAGGACCUGUGGAAAAGGCUAAUGGUGAAGUUUAGAGGAGAAGAGGGGCUGGACUACGGAGGAGUGGCCAGAGAGUGGCUCUAUCUGCUAUCGCACGAGAUGCUGAACCCGUACUACGGCUUGUUCCAGUACUCCCGCGAUGACAUCUACACCCUGCAGAUUAACCCGGAUUCUGCUGUCAACCCUGAGCACUUGUCAUACUUUCACUUUGUGGGCCGUAUCAUGGGGAUGGCAGUGUUCCACGGCCACUACAUAGACGGAGGCUUUACCUUACCCUUCUACAAACAGCUGCUGGGUAAACCCAUCACCCUGGACGACAUGGAGUCUGUAGACCCUGACCUGCACAACAGCCUCGUCUGGAUCCUGGACAAUGACAUCACAGGUGUGCUGGACCACACCUUCUGUGUAGAACACAAUGCCUACGGAGAGAUCAUUCAGCAUGAGCUCAAGCCCAACGGUAAGAGCAUCCCCGUCACCCAGGACACAAAGAAAGAAUACGUCCGACUCUACGUCAACUGGCGUUUUCUGCGAGGCAUAGAGGCUCAGUUCCUGGCUCUGCAGAAGGGCUUCAAUGAGGUCAUCCCCCAACACCUGCUCAAGGCUUUCGAUGAGAAGGAGCUAGAGCUGAUUGUAUGCGGCCUGGGUAAAAUCGACAUCAACGACUGGAAGUCCAACACGCGGCUCAAACAUUGCACUCCAGACAGCAACAUUGUCAAAUGGUUUUGGAAAGCUGUGGAGUCCUUCGACGAGGAGCGCAGAGCCCGGCUGCUGCAGUUUGUCACCGGCUCUUCCAGGGUUCCCCUGCAAGGUUUCAAAGCCCUCCAAGGUGCUGCUGGCCCACGGCUCUUUACCAUCCACCAGAUCGAUGCCAGCACCAACAACCUGCCCAAAGCCCACACCUGCUUCAAUCGGAUUGACAUUCCUCCUUACGAGCACUAUGACAAACUGUACGACAAGUUGCUCACUGCCAUCGAGGAGACGUGUGGUUUCGCUGUGGAGUGAGUCACUGGUGCAGGCAGAGCUCAGCAACAACCAGAAGCAACAUGGUUUGGCCAUGAUCAGCCCCCCCCCCCCUUUACAAAUCAGUCCACUCAGACGGGGGUCAUCCACGGUUGCUUCACCCAGGGACGCCCUAACUUCCCCGGGGACAUGUGGCCAAGCUAACGGCGGGUGUGCAAAGAAGACCAGAAAAUAUCAUCUAACUCUGGGGUUUUUUAGACCCUCCAGCCCUCCUUUAUGUCUUUUUUUUAUCAUUGAAAAGGAUCUCUUCAGCUGCUAAUAACUCAGACUAUUUACUAACUUGUGGAACCUGCAGAAUUUGCUGGCUCUUCCCUUUUUUUCUAAGUUCAUUUUAGCAUUUAAAAAAAAAAAAUAGACUGUAUUCCAUGUAGCAAUGCUCCCUCUCACCAAGCAGAACACAGUCAGCCCACUCUGAAACAAUACCCGCAUUAACAAGACUGGUUUGUUUACUAGAGUACAGGGUUUAUUAAUGGUUGCCUCAACCACUUGGAAACACUAAAUUUGGAUGUGGAGUGUGCAUGACUCAGGCUGUUUGGUGCCUCAGAGUGAUCACAUUGAAGCUAUCAGUUAUGCCAAGGCUGGAAUAACGGGGAUGUGUGCGGAUGAGAAGGCAAGACUAGAGACUGAAUUAGGCCGAGCCCGACUGUUUACAGCCCUCUCCAAAGACAGCAGCAGGGAUCUCUGCUCCCGAGUCGCUGCCCAACAUCUAGCGUUGCAUUCCCAGACACCUAUUUCACACGUUUGACAGCUAGUUUUGUUUAAAAAUGAAUAAAUGAAUGAAUAGCUUGAAAUGUGUUAUUUUUAUAUAACAGGGAAAACUGAAAAAGAAUCAAUAAAAUUCUAUAUAAUAUAUAUAAUUUAUUGCUGUUAUAUUUCAGAAACCCCUUUCCAAUGUUUCAGAAAAAUAAAACCUUUUAAUGUUAAGUGUUGCUGUUUAAAUUAUAGAAGACAAUUUGUGAAAACAGAAUUAAGCUUGACUGAAUUUCAAUUAAGAAUGCUGUAGUUUAUUUCUUGGCAUUACCUCUCAUACUGUGCAAGGAGAGGGAUGUCUUAAGGGCAAAAAAUCUUAAACACACAAUGUCCUCUGAGUGCCAUAAUCAUUUUUGAAUGAAUGAAUCUUUGCAAAUAUUGAGCGGACCCUUUAAAUUCUACUGAUUUCAUCCUGGAGCUACAUAUGGUGAUGUGAUGUUUCCCGUCUCUUACAAUUUUUUAGCAGUUUGUCAUUUGUAGCUGGGCUAUAUUUAUGUCACGAGCAUGAAAGCUACCAUGAAUUUCUAAUGUUCUGUUCAGAAUCCAAGAGUCCAAAGUCCAUCAUAAUCUACUUUGUGCUGCCUCCAUAUUGUUGUUGAAAAAAAAAAAAAGAAAAACCUCUACUACCUUCUAGCCAUGUGGUGCUAAAAAGCAUUAACGUUUGUCUUAUAUUGGCAACCUUACUCAUUGACAUACUACUGUUUAAAGUGCACAACACACUACUCAUGCUCAUACCUGUUUGUGGCCACAAAAGAGCUCUACCUAGCCACAUUCUCAGGAGAUGUCAUAUGUAGUUUGUAAUGUCAUUUGAUUUGAUGACUGACAAGAAACUAAUUCUGACCAUUUGUCUUGAUUUUUAUGAAUGUUAAAGAGGUUGAACAGUCCUGUCAUGUGCAUCGUUUUGCCCACAGCAGACCAUUAACAUACAGUAAUUCUUGCAUGUCUCCAUAUGUGCUUUUGAUUGAAAGUGAACUGAAUGAGAUGAACUCCUGUUUUAGCCUGCUACACAGUCCUAUCAAUAAUGUUUUAUUUAGAGAAAGGGGAGGGAGGGGGGAUUGUUUUCUACAAUUGAAAAUGAAAUUCUUGAAUGUUUUCAAAAGAUGCUGCCUGUCUAGCAAUCUCUAUGACCGUGGACUGUUCUUAACGUUUGCAUACACACACAAAAAGAGCAGUUCAUUUUUGUUCUUUUAUGUAGACAAAGUGUAUGCAAAGUGAAAAGUGUCCUCAGAUGGUGCUUUGUACAGUAAUAAGAUAUUGUUCAUAUAUGUGGAUCAAACAACCUGUAAUUUAUCUUUAACUUAAGUAGAAAAAGAUUUUUCUUGAAAUGAAAAAAGGAAUUGCACACAAACAGAACGAGGUUACCGUUUGUAUUGAAUGGUGACUUCUGUACCAGAUAUUCAUUCACCUAUAAGUCCAGUGCACAAGCUGAUCGCCCUACUGUCUGUUCCUACACUACAUCGCUCAGCAUCGCCCCGUAGCUGCCUCUCACUGAAGAACUGAACUUUUUAUUAAACAAGUCAAAGUUGAGAGAUGCCGCUCUUGUUUGUUUGUUUUUUUUUUGUUUGUUUUUUUUUAAUAGCAUGAUCCACUAGCAGGACUAUAUCUCUCAUAGCUGACUGAUGCAAUUUGAUGUAUGUUAACACUAUCAUUUUGUAAGAGUAUUUUAUUUUUGUGUGUAAUUAGUUCUAAUUAAACUUGCCUUUGUCUAACAAUGUAAGGCCUUGUAUAAAGAUA